AUGGACGACCACCACGGCUGCAACAUAGGCUGUCUCCUCUCCUACCUCCUCCUCGGCAGAACACACACCCCAAGUGCGCUCAUCGACGAAGAAAAAGUAAACCUGCAUACACAGGAGAGAAAACACAUACCAUACUACGGCAACAAAGUUCCUCUGGAAGCCAGCAUCGCACCCGAAGAUUCGGAAACUUGGUAUGCGGCCUUCUUCGACCUGGCGUGGUGUGCGCCGCACCGGGAUGGGAAGCACAUCAUCGUCUGUGUCGAGUGGUUCGACGAUGACAAUGGACGGGAAUUGAAUGGUUGGCCGGCGGUCAAGUUGAGGAAUGCUUAUGAGAGGUUGGGGGAGGAGCAUAAGAGGGUUGUGAGUUACGCCGAAACGCUGGCAGACGGCAAUGUUGUUAUCGAGAGGUUAUGGCCCGCACUUGACUUCGCACACUCGCGGUCCGUCUUCUUGCGCGCUUUUUGCGCUCAAAUGGUUUGGGUGCGGUCUGACUAUUCGCUCGCCCUCACGGGCUUCAUCGGCGCUGAUAUAGUUGGCGACAAGACAGAUUACCGAGAAGGAGGGUCGGUAUGUGACGAAGAUGUCGAACUUGACGAUAGCGCGUAUGGAAGUGUCAAAGACGAUUUGUUCCGUUGGGCCACGUUUGUCUGGAGGUUGAUGACGAACGAUUUCACUGAGCGGUCACCUUCGGCUCAGACAUACUGCUGGGGACCGUGUUGUCCUGUUGAAGGUGGAUGCAGACGCUUCACCAUUGACGGCCAUAAGACUUUGAACAGAGAUCAUCGGCCAUGGUUGCAGGAUAGGCAGAAACAGAAACUGUAUCAGGAGUUGGAGGAAGCGAGGCUGGGCAGCGUAUUGUUGAAAGCGUGGAACGCGGGUUAUGAGAGCAUGGACGAAGUGAUGGCGGAUGUCAGGUUGACCGCGAAUAGGAUGGGCAUCGACGUACAUGAAGAUGAGGAUGAGGUGGAAGUCGAUGCAAGAUGGGAAGACGUUUUUGAGAUGGUUGAAAUGGUUCAGUCGAGCCCAGGUUCACCCACUCGACGUCUCAGGUUCAAAGAAUUAUCGUUGAUCUGA